CUGCGGGGGGAGGAGGUGCGGGGGCUGCUGUACCGGGCACUGCACCACCCCAACAGGUUUGUCCGCGAGACGGGUCACCUGACCAUGUGUACGGUAUGUGAGGCGCUGCGGGGGCCGGAGCUGGCGGCCAUUGCACCCGAGGUUGCGGAGCGGCUGGCUGACGGCAUGGGGGACAACUGGAGCCAGGUCCGCUACGCGGCCUGCGUGUCCACUCGCGCGCUGCUGGAGUGGCUGGGCGAGGGCGAGGAGCGGGAGGCGCUGAUGCCGGUGCUGCUGCCGCCCAUGUGCCUCAACAGGUACUACGUGGCCGAGGGGGUGCGGCUGUUCGCGCAGGAGACCUGGCGCCGAGUGAUGGGGUGCGGUGGCCGGGCGGCGGUGGCGCGGCACGCGGGGGCGGUGGUGGGGCACUACGUGGCGCAGGCGCGGGCGAACAACCAUGCGGUGCGGGAGGCGGCGUGCGCGUGCAUUGCGGAGCUGAUGGAGAAGGUUGACCGCUCCGCCGUGUCCCCCCACGUGCCCGCCCUGUUCCGCAGCCUGGUGCUGUGCUUCAAGGACAUGAGCUGGCCGGUGCGGGAUGCGGCCUGCAUUGCGGCGGGAAGGGCUGUGCUGUCCUACCCCUCCGAGAUGCGCCCGCUGGCCCCCGACAUGCUGAGCCUGUGGCUGGAGCACCUGGCGGACAACAUACCCACCGUGCGGGCCAACAGCGCGGUAGCGCUGGGGAAGGCCCUGCGCGCCUACGGCCCCGAGGUCCAGCCCACCCUGCUGGCCGCCCUCUCCGACAUGCUCCUCCGCGCCCGACAGCAGCCCGCCGAGAGCAACCGCUACUCCGACCUCUCCACCGCCACCCCCACCCAGUUCGGGGUGGCGGCGCGGAAGGCGCGGGACAACGACCCCGCCGUACAUUCCGACCAGCAGAUGUUCAGCUGCGGCAGCUUGAUGGCGCGCUUCUCAACGUCGUACCUGAUUCGGUCGGAUGGCUGCAUGGAUCAUGGGUUCAGCAGGGACAAGGAGCCGUGGGAGGUGUCGGACGGGGCGGUGCACUUGCUGCGGGAGGUGGCGGGGGUGGCGCCGGAGGCGGUGACGGAGGCACACAUGGAGGCCCUUGUUGAGCUGGGCGGCCUGCGCUCCUUCCAGCAUGCCUUUAACCUGCAUGAGACGGUGUGGCGCUCGCUGCCACACAUCGGCAAGGCGAUUGGCAAGCCCCGCUUCAAGCGCCACCUACGUGCCCUGCUGCCACCCCUCCUGGCCGACCUGCGUUGCGGACACCAGCUGGCCGAGGCGGCAGCAGCCGGGGCGCUGGAGGCGCUGCGGGACUGGAUAGGGCCCAACAUCCUGGCUGGGUACUGCCCGGAAGGGGCGGAGGCGCGGGCGCUGCUGACGGCUGCAGGAGGGG